CUGACCAAAUAUUGACAUUUUUGUGACUGUGGUAUGUGUCCUGGCGGACCAAAACGCAGUCCAACAUGACGCAGCGUCGCGGCCUCGUGUGCGUCGAGUGCGGGGCGCCCGUGCCCGAGCUGGUGCGCGACUACGGCAAGGGCAACCUGCGCCUGGCCAUCUGCAGCGCGUGCAACUCGGUCGCGGACAAAUACGUCGAGUACGAGACGAUCCUGCUCUUCCUGGAGGUCUUGCUGCUCAAGCCGCAAGUGUACCGCCACGUGCUGUGCAACCUGCCGGCCCCCAUGGCCGCGCGCACGACGCUCAAGCUGUUCGUGGUGCUCGUGAUGCUGGACAUGAACGUCAAGGCCUAUCUGGUGGACCGGGGCGCCGGCGUGACCUUCCGAUCCGAGUCCAUGUACCGCACCCCGGAAGCUCUUCAGGCCGCGACGUCCGGACUGCGGAUCGGCCAGUUCUCGCUGCACUUGGUGUGCCUUGCACUACUGGAGAACGUCGUGUACUUUGUGGCAGUCUUCGCUGCAAUUUGGCUGGACCCAUUUCGACGUGGAUGGCGAGCAAAGCUGCUGCCUAUUGGGGAGAAGAAGGAGGAGACUGGGGUCGUGGCGCCAUGGACGAGGUACGGCAGCGCCAUGUGCAUCUCAAGCUUCGGCAAGCUGUUCGCACUGCUGACGGUCAUCUGGGAGUUCGACUGGAGCUUCAUUCACGUUAUCGGCGCGCUUGUAGUAGUGUCGAACGUGCUGGCGCUACAAUUGAUGCUGGAAGAGGGAAAUUCGGUGCGGGGCAGGUCAUUGCAUGUUGUGGCGGUUGUGGUCUUUGGAUUGGUAGCGAGAGGAGCUGCUCAGCUCACGCUGUACGCGCUGGGCAACUCGGUGUUAUUCCACGUGCUGGUAUAG